AUUUACUUCCUGUGCCAAAGUGCAAGGUCUGACCUAGCCAGCUGGCUAACAGCGUGAAUGAUACCUUCCUGAUAUGUUUUCUCACAUAUUUUGCAAGAUUGAAGCCAGCAAAAAUGCAUAGGUAUACAACACUCUUCCCUCGGCUGGCCUACCAUGUGCUGGCCCACUGCAGAGGAUACUGUGUGUCGAGAGGCAGCUCAAGGUCGCUACUCUGUGGCCCACAACCCCAUGGACUCACCCGACUGGACCCAAGAUGGACGCUUAGUAUCCAACACAGCUACCCAGUACCCCCAUCCCCACACCUCACUGCUCUCACCAAAUACUCUGACUUAUCCACACAAAAGUACAACCUCAUCUACUCCUUACCUCACAUCAAAGUCCUCAGAACGGUCUCCAGACUCAAACUGCUCCAAACCGGAAUCACCAUGCUCUUACUCCCGCCCGUCUACUACAUGUAUUCCCAAGGAGAUGCUUCGUACCUACUGGUUAGCUACAGUACGGGAAUAGCGGCGUUCGCCGCCGUAAUGCUCUACUCAGCUAGUCACUACCUGAGACGCGUUGUUGGGAUGAUGUACCUGGAUGAGUCCCAGACGACGCUGAAAGUGUCUCGCCUGACGUUCUGGGGACGGAGGAAUGACGUGUAUCUGCCCGUGAUGGACGUUAUGACUCUGGGGGACACUGGGGACUCCAUAGGGGAGACUAUAUUGAGGUUGAAGCGAUAUAGUAGUUCUGAGACGCUGUACUUCUCCACUAGACUGGGACGUGUGGUGGAUAGGCAGGCCUUUGAGAAAGUGUUUGGGACUUUGAUUUGAUGUUUUUAUAGGGCUUUGCAGACUACUGAGCCGAACAGAGCCCAGCCAAACCUAGCCCAACAGAGCCCAGCCAAGCCAAGCUGUACUGAGCCGAACAGAGCCCAGCCAAACCAAGCCGGCCUGGUUAUGCAUCCACCAUAGUUCCACCAAACAUCCAAGCCAGCACAGUUCGGUUCGACACAGUAGUGUGAAAGGGGUAUUUUGUGUUUUUGUGAGCAUUUGAAAUGUUGUAUAUUCAGCAGCUAAAGAGAUGACUCCCUACAUAUACUGCAGUCUGUUCUGCCCCAUUUCUUGACUACUGUGUGUGGCCAAAAGAAACCGUGACAUUUGUAUUGGACAACUGCUCAGACUCACAACCUUCAAUAAAUACACCCUGAUAAUUUAAGCAAAAAUAUUUUACAAGUUUAUUUUAAGGUACAGUACACAAAAUACCCUAUACAGAAAAUGUCUACAGUUAUUUGACCUUUAGAAAGUCCAUUGCAAUCAAUCAGCCCACAUUCACUUAUGGAAAUCAUUUUCUUAAAGCAUUGGCGUGAAGAAAAUACAGGAGUGUAUACCCUGCUGGUCAUCUAUGAACAUCUUGGAAGAAUCAUCUGGCUUUAAUGCCCAUGUACCCUUAAUCACCACCUAGCACAGCCAGAAGAGGACUGGUUCCUCUAGGUGUGAAAAUCUUCCGAGGUUCCUGCCUUUCUAGGGAGUUUUUCCUAGCCACCGUGCUAUUACAUUUGCAUUGCUUGCUCUUUGGAGUUUUA